AUGCCAUUUUCUUUAGAUUUCAACACCUUGAACGGCAUAUCCAAGCCGGACCUUCCGUACGUCGAGGGCUAUGAAUUUUCAGUGAUCGAAUAUUUUCCUCCUGAACCCCAGAUCAAGCGCUUCUUUCUUACUCCUGAGGAGGCUACCAAGAGAGAGAAUACUGAUGUCUUAACACGCUGUCUUACACGGAAACCGAUAUCUGGCAGAUCGGGCUCUCAACGGUUACGCCUCAAGAUACAUAAUGCAAUUCGAGUCGGGGAUGGGAAGACUUCGCAAAUAGUUUUAGUGGACGUUAUUUCUGGUCAACUUCCCAGUACCCGCGUUGUGGCAAAGUUGUAUGAUCCUCUAUAUUAUGAUCAUUCCGAUGAUGAUGUAGAUCCAUUUCUUCUUGUUGACAUGGAAUACACCCAGGAAAGUGCUGCCUAUCGGUAUCUACAUGCCCAAGGACAGAAAUGUAUUCCUGACUACUAUGGCUCUUACUCUAUGGAUAUCACCCAUUCUGAUCACCAAUUUCGCACGGUACGAUUAAUACUGCUUGAACACAUCAAUGGGCAGUCUAUGACUAGUCUUCGUCCAAUCGACUUCCCUGAUUACUUCUGGAAGGCUGUGAUGAAGCAAAUCGUCGAUAUAGAAUCGCAGCUCUAUAAGAUCAAUCUUCGACACCGUGAUACGCAUCCACGGAACAUCACUAUUCAAUAUUAUUUCAAUCCAGACCUGUCUAAAGUACAUGUCAAGUUCAUCGAUUUUGGGCACGCAAUUAUCGGGCGGUCUCCUGACCCGCAAAAUGACGACCAAGAAAGGAUGUUUCUCCCAGGGAUUUAUAUUAGUCCUCUUUCUCAGAUGGUUUAA